GAACUCCGUCGCCGUCGUCGUCGUGCGCGCACCGCGCACCGCAAAACAAAUAAACCGUCAUUAUCGUCGCUGCUCACUUGCGAGUUUGUCGUGCACGUCUCCCGAGACGCAUAAUGUUUGUGCAUGUUUUCUUUUAGUUAAAUUGUUGUCAUUUAAAACGAAAAAAAAUAACAAAAUCGCCGCAAUCAACGCGACUUGUUUACACAGCGUGUCGUCCGAAACACGACACGCGCGCGCACCGAACGCGAGACCCGGACGCACGCACGCACGAAGCGAUAGUCUCGGUAAUUCCGUUUCUGGUGGGGGACCAGCGACCGACCGACUCAUCAACCGUAAAUCGUAAUAAUAGUAAUAAUAAUAAUAAUAAUAAUACAUUGCAUACUUUGUCGCGCCCGAUCAUCGUGCCGACCGACGCGUACCACCGGUUGCGGUCGUCGUCCAACAGCCGUGGCCAGCGCCUGCGCAGUACAACACUUACGGCACAAAAAAAAUCACCAUCCAUCGCCACCGUUAUCUUCACAAUAUACGUGUAUAUUUAUAGUAUACAGAGUAUUUACUAAAAAAUAGACAAGUAUAAUAUUUUGUUUAAUUGAUUUUCGCGUGGAUCCUAUUUUUCGGCUUUCCUCCUCUGCGCCGCCCGCUCGUCCGUUCGUAGUAGGUACCUACGACCGCGGUGUACUUCGUGCUCUCCCGACUCUCUCGGCUCACCGACGACUGCACCGCAGCGGCAUUCACGCACCGCACGUCCGUACUACGCACACACCACCACUGACCGUUCCGCGGGCGCAGCGUGACGUGUUUUUAUCGAAAGUUUUCACCCAUUAAACCGCCAACGUUUGAUUAUAAUAGUAAUAAUAUGUACGAUAAUAGUAAAAACGAUAACUGAGUAUUAUUAUUAUUAUUUAUUUGUUUUUUUUUAAUACGCGCUUUUCUGUCUUAUCUCCUCCCGCGUCGUUUGACCGGCGUUAUCUGCACCGCGGGACGAUACCACGACGACAUGCCGGCCAGCAACAAUAAUGCCACUUACUUGAGAGCUUUUGGCUUAUCAGCCGUAGUAGCGGCGGAAUCAUCGUCGGAACAGCUCAACCAGCAUCAACUACACCACCACCACCUGCAGCAUCAUGUGGUGGUCAGCGACGGAAGGAGCGAUUGCGUCGGCGAGUUUGACACGUCCGCGGAGGAAGACAGAGCGGCAGCGGACACCAUCGACGAGCUGAACAGCCGUCGCGGUGACGCUGUGACGACGACGGUAGUUGCCACUGCGGAGGAUGCGAGCGAUGAAUCGUCGUCGCCGGCGGCCACAACGACCGCGGCGGCGUCGUCGUCGUCAUCGUCGUCACAGCAGCAGCAACAGCGUUGCGACGGCGCGACCGAUGUGGUGACCGCGGCGGCGGACGAAGAAAAUGGCGGCGGGAGCGCGGGCACGCCCAGCAUCGGCUACGGGUCGCCGGCGGUAGAUGGUGCGCCGGUCGGUAGGACGUCGUUCGGGUCGGAGGAGGAGGAGCCCGCCGCCGUCGACCGUUUGCAGCAACAACCGGUUCACGGGACGGCAGACGAACGGCCGACUGGCAACGUGUACGUACGCCGUGAUGAUAUGAACUAUCAUCAACACCACCACCAGCACCAACACCAGCAACACGACAGUCCGCCACAGCUACACGUAAGCAACAGUGCAACGACUACGACGACAUCGACGACCGGUGUCAACGUUAGCAACAAUACCAACAAUAAUAGCAGUGGACCGUCGCCGAACAGCCGUUACGACAUGUUAGUGGCGCAGACUUAUCAACAGGCCAAGUACGGCAGUGGCCGUGACUUGAUGUCUUCGAUUUUCCCACAAGUAUUGAUCGCGGGUCAGCAACAGCUACACCAACAACGCGACGAAGACGAAGAUUUUUACGAGUACCAGCAGCAGGCAGCGUACCAGCAACAGCAACAGCAGCAACAGCAACAUACCAAGUUCGAACACAUCGUGCUCAAGCAAGAACCGCUCGACCGGGUCCAGCACGUGUACGCCGACGAGUACUUCCACCAGGAUCACCAGCAACAGCUGUCCGUGCAGCUUCAGCAACAACAGGAGCAACACUGCUCCAGCCCCGGCAGCUCGGCGGGCGGUUACGACGAGGAAGUGGUGGUGGCCGCCGCCGCUGCCGCUAAAGGCGAAUUGCUCGACUUGCACUUGGCCCGGUCCGACGGUGGCGCCGGACCCGGACAACAGGAAAACCCUUUCGCGCAUCUCGUGGCCUCGCUGCACAGCGACUCGGGCAGCGCGUCCCCGUUGCAGGGACAUUUGCACGACGACCAACAACAGGGUGGCUGUGGUUCGCCCACCGUCGUGUGCCAGCAGCAGCCGCACGUGGCCGACCACUCAUACACGCCGUCGUCCGCGGCCGCGGAACAGCAAAUUCCGCAACACUUGUCAUCGCAAAACCAUCACGGUGUCUACCACAGCGGUUCCAAUGUCAUACACCACAACAGUUCCAACAUCUCUGGUUCAUCUAUGUACCAGAGAAGUAACGGUGGCGGCGGCUUGCAGUAUUCGACUUCCCUGCCACAUUACUUCACGUCCUCGCCCGAGCUCAACCAACAGCAGGCCAACAACAUCAUCACAUCCGUGGCCGGCAACCAAAUGUGGUCCACAGUCGUGUCCGAAGACGGGACCGGAGGAUAUUCUCCGUCAUCGACAAGCAAACAGCAGCAGUCCAGCCACAAUGGUGGUGGUCUGCCAGCUUUCGCUCAGCGUUUCGGUACACAUACAUCGUCAGCGUCCGCGUACACAGCUUCCGGUUCGUCCCGGUCAGCUCCGUCAUCGUACCACUCGAUCGCCACGCCCGGUGUGACGCCGUACCAUCUGACCGCCGCAGCCGUCAAUAACGGUGGCCCGGGAGACACGUCGUCGCUCCAGUGGGCCACGGCCGCCGCAGGUUACGCGAACACGGAUGGCACUAUUAACUACGCUCCAAUGCAAAUCAACAAUCGGAGUCGGCCAAAUGCGUUCUCGGCCGCCGCUUCGUUGUCAGCUUUCGACGAGAUGGAAGUAUUUUGCGAGGGUCGCGAGUGCGUGAAUUGCGGAGCGGUUUCCACACCAUUGUGGAGGCGCGACGGCACCGGCCAUUACUUAUGCAAUGCGUGUGGACUUUACUACAAGAUGAAUGGCAUAAACAGACCCUUAGUGAAACAACCAAAACGGCUGCAAAACGCAUCUAGACGACAAGGAUUACAGUGCACAAAUUGCCAAACAGCCACCACAUCGUUGUGGCGCAGAAAUCAAGUGGGUGAACCUGUGUGUAACGCAUGUGGUUUGUACUUUAAGUUACACGGCGUCAAGAGACCGCUUACAAUGAAAAAGGACUCUAUUCAGACACGAAAGCGCAAGCCCAAAGGUGGAUCUAAGAUAGAACCAGAACCUAAGAGAAUCAAACAAGAAAUACCGUCUGAACAUAACUAUAGUGACUGUCACCGUACAUCCGGCAGUGUUUUGAAUCAUGGCAGUACCAGUUCGGGUCUUGCAUAUACCAACUUGUAUCAAACAGCCACACAUAUAACACCCGCAUACUAUGAUGUCAUUAAGUCAGAGUCGUCACAAGAGCCUAUCAACAGUCCACAUAUAGUAAGCCUAGCAUCUGCCAACAACAACAAUAACAACAACAACAACAAUAAUAACAUAAACAGCGGCAACAAAGAUAGGCCUAGUGUUCUAACCAUGUCAGUUAAUUCCUAAAAAUUAGUAUAUUUCUCCUUGACUAUUCUUUAGAGUGUUAUCAACCUUUUGAUUUCAAUAUUAUAAUAACUAUAUUUAUCAUUAACGAACAAAUCAAAAAAUUAUUAUGUUUUAUUUAUAUUAUUAUUAUUUACAUUAUUUAACUAAUUACAUUAUUUUAUAUAGUACAUACAUUACUGAUUGAAAUGUAGGCAAUUUUCAAAGACAUUAUUUAAGGAGUUUUAUUUUUUUUUUCAAAAAGCAAAGACUGCAUAUAUAUUUAUAUUACGUUCAAGAAACAAAAUUUAUGGAACUUAAAUUUAUAAGCUCAUAUAAGUAAUUUUAUUUAAUC